GUCAGUUUCUGCAGGGUCGCGAGCGGUCGCGGUGGUAUUAGGGAAGCAGCCACUAUCACUAUUGCCCCACCAUUUCCUGGUCGCCACGAUGUCCUGCCGCGACAAGCUUCUCAAUUCUACAUGCAGCCCGAAACGCCCCAAACUACACUCGAGAUGGUGCGUCCCUGGAAGAAGGGUUUUCCUGUAGAACAGCGGGUACCUGGGGUCCAUCUGGAUCAUGGUGCGGGUGUCCUCGGGUUGUUCCGGACGCGCAUCGCUUCUCGUUCCUUUCAUGUGACAUUGACCGACCCUUCACCAAUAUGA